UGGAGCCAGAGAUUCUUCAUCUUACACAGAACUAAUGUGCAGCAGGAGCAAAACAUCAGUCGACCACAAAGAUGCAUGUUUUCACAGGGUGGGGAUGGACAGUUUGAUCCUGGGGGCUGGUGACACUGAAGUCCUGGUGACAUGUCCUUGAGUGGCAACACAAGCCAGCCUUCUCCAGCGUCGACAGCUCCUCUUCUGCCCUUCAACACCUCCGCCACGCUGCGCAACCUGCCAUGGGAGGAGGGAAGAAACAGUCACGAGUCGGUGCAGGAGUGGUUGGAGAAUAAAACUCAUCUCCUGUCAGACCUGGCUGUCCUCGGCCAUGAUGAGCUCUGCCACAUGUCUUCUCUCCUUGUGGUGUGUCUGGUGGCUUGGUACAGUCUCACAAUGGUGCUGGGGCUGCUGGGGAACAUUGGCCUUAUUUGCAUUAUCACCCGACGCAGAGAGAAAGUCAAUGUCACCGGCAUUUUUAUUUGCAACCUGUCAUUCUCUGACAUCCUGGUGUGCGUCUUCUGCCUUCCCUUCACUGUCAUAUACACACUCAUGGAUCACUGGGUGUUCGGAUCGCUGUUGUGCCGCCUGGUGCCGUUUAUCCAGUGUGUUUCUGUGACCGUGUCAGCGCUGUCUCUGGUUUUCAUUGCUUUAGAAAGACAUCAGCUCAUCAUUAACCCCUCUGGAUGGAAACCAAGCAUCCCUCAAGCCUAUAUUGUGGUUGUUGUGAUUUGGAUUCUGGCUGGACUCACCUCUUCGCCUUUCUUGGCCUUUCAGCUCCUCACAAGUGAUCCCUACACCAAUGUGGUCCUGCCUCAGUCUCCUUUCCAUCAACAGGUAUCCCCUCAGACUUAUCUCAAUGCAUCUCCACCUUUCUCUCUUUCCUACACUUUCAAAAACUCAUCCUCCCCUCCAAACGCAUACCGAACUCUCUUUUCCUAUGUCGCCACCUCUCCACAUAUGGAGGCCUGUCUGGAGCACUGGCCUUCCCAGCACCACAGGCUCGCCUACACCACAUGGCUCCUGCUUUUCCAGUACUGUGGCCCACUCUUGUUGGUCCUGCUCUGCUAUGUUAGAGUUUUUGUGAGGCUACGGCACCGCAAAGACAUGUUAGAUCGAGCCAGGACCCCAGAGAACCACCGCAUGACCAACAGCCGCAGAAUCAACAUCAUGCUGGUCGCCCUCAUCACAGCCUUUGCUCUCUGCUGGCUGCCGCUCACUAUCUUCAACGUGGUAUCAGACUGGAACCAGGAGGCUCUGCCUGUCUGCCACCACAACCUGCUGUUCUCUCUCUGCCAUCUGCUGGCCAUGUCCUCCACUUGCAUCAACCCCAUCAUCUAUGGCUUCCUCAACUCCAACUUUCGGCAGGAGGUGAGAGAGGUGUUGAUGCACUGCCGCUGCCACUCAGCAGAAGAUGAGUGUGAACGGUUUCCGAUGUCCACCGUGCACAUGGAAAUGUCUCGAACAUCUGUGCCUCUGAGCUGCAGGAGCAACUCUGUUUGACUCUGAUGUUACAACCUAAAGGAAACUGCUGUAGUAGGCUGAAGAAAGGACAUCUGUUCUCUGUCCUACCUCUAAAGACUGGACAAUAGUUUUUCAAUGUUUAAAAGUGACAUGUGAGGUGAAGUGUUUUUCUGAAGUA